ACCCCACUGCAGGUGCUGAGAUAACAUGAGAGAUGGAAUGGCUUACUCUACACUGGACAGUGAGGUCCCCGAACUAACAGCCCCUCCCUUGGGGUGGGGAGGAGCUAAGGGCUCUUCUCAGCGAAGCUUUUCCUCUUUGUUUGCCUCUGUGUACUGGAUGUUUCUCCUGCAGCCAUUAGGCCCAGGCCGAGCCAACAGGGAGACAGCCGGCCAUGGGCACCUGCUCAGAAGACCCCGACCUGUGCAGGGCCUCCUGGCUCCUGGGAUUCACCAGCCUCCUCCUCAGAGUCUGCAGCGCUGUGACCCAGAGUGCUGGAGCCCAUGGUUCUGGAGUUGAGGAUUCUGGAAUCCCUGUUUCUCUGAAGGGGACUCAAGGAGGUUCUGUGUGGUUUCAUGUGAUCAGAAAUCCAGAAUUACCUCCAGAGGUCGAGCUGGAGAAGAUUUCUUGGGGCAAUGUAUCCAGGGCCAACUACAUAGUCAUGCUGCACGUGUUUCCUGGGAGAGAUGUUCCAGAAUGGGUCAACUUCCAGGACAAGUUUGAGAAGAGGGUCCAUGUGCUCAACAUAACGACCCUGAGGAUUGACAACCUGACCCUUGAGGACAGUGGGCGGUACCGGGCUCGAGAGUCCUACAGGCAAGGAAGACAAUAUGACCAGGAUUUCCGCCUGAGGGUCUAUGAGCCCGUGCCCCUUCCCCAGAUCCGGGGCACCGUUCUGUCCCUCACACCAGCCUGGUGCAACGUCACUGUGGAGUGUGACGCCAACGGAACCAGGGAGGACCUGACCGUGACCUGGGAGAGCGAGGGUCUCUCCAGGGAGCUGGAGCAGAGACCCGCCCCAGGACCAGCCCCCAAUCCCUGGACCAUGGCUGUGAACCUGCCCCCGAGCCAGCCCAGCACCAGCCUCACCUGUGUGGUCAGCAACCAGGUGGACCAGAAAACUGCCACCCGGGACCUUGGGGACGUCUGUGGCCACGAUUCAGAUGGACAAGCCCUCCGUGCCCACGAGGGAGUCAUCCAGUGGAUUGUUGUUCUUGUGCUUGUGAUCCUUGGAGAUCUGCCGUGACUUUGUGUGACACGUAUGAAGAUGAAGAACGUGGAGCCUGGGAGAGGCAGGUUGCAGUUCUUUCUGUGCCCACUGGACCCUGGGUUCCCUCUCUCCUGCAUUUUGCUGCUCAGAGAAUAUCCCUGCAGGGGGCUGGCUGGUGUGGCCAUGGCUGUGGGGAUCGUUGAGUGGGGGAGGGUCCAGGUUUCCAGGCUCCAUCUGUGUAUGACUCAGGUGCAGGAUGGCAGGAGGGGAGAAGGGACCUUGAUAUUGGCAUAUAGUAUAGAAAGCAGGAGUCUGGAGACCCCAGAGACAAGGUGAGGCUGGGAGAGGACGCAGCCUGGGUUCUCCCAAGUCCCUCUGCCUGGCUGUGCCUGUCAACCCCAGUCAUCUCAGGUUCUGCCCUCUGUGCCUCUCUAACCAUUUGCAGACUAUGAAGUAUUAACUAAGAAAAUUCUCCUGGAGUCCCAUGCAGUGCUGGGCGCUGGGGGAGGUCACGUCAGCAGAACUGGGUCUGUGUGGGUUGCUCUGUGGCCUCUCUGUUCCUCAGCUGUUCCAGGAACCCUCUGCCUGCAUUCCAGGGUUCGGAUUUUGAAAUAUUGUGGAGUUCCUUGAGAAAUUUUGGACUGAGGUUGUAAUUUUAUUUUAUUUUAUUGUUUUAAAGAUUUUAUUUAUUUAUUUGACAGAGAGAGACACAGCAAGAGAGGGAACACAAGCAGGGGGAGUGGGAGAGGGAGAAGCAGGCUUCCUGCCGAGC